AUGUUCGUUCUAUUAAAAGAAAAAAAAAAUGAUAGUAAAGCUUUUGAAGAUGAAUUACUAAAGAUUGAAACCGAAAAGUUAAAUGCUUUACUGCAGUCCAAUACGACUACUCAUAUUGACGAUGAUGAUAUGUUAUUUUUAAAAUCUCUCCAUCCAUACUUUAAAACCAUGCUUCCUAUACAAAAGCUAAGUUUAAGGAAUCAGAUUCAAAGUGUAAUAAUAAAUGAAUUAUCACUAACACAAGGACAACUAACAUACGAUACUCCAACAUACAAUAUGCCAACAUUUGCUCAAAGAGAAACACCACAAAAUUCAACACCUCGUGCAUUUGAUUUGAACAACAUUCUUAAUUCAAAUAAUUAUAUUUAA